CGCCAUGUUAAGACUGGGCAGCUGGCAGCAAUCAAAGUGAUGAAUGUUACUGAGAAGUCUGGUUUGGUAGGAUGCACUCAGACUCACUGAAGACCAGGUCCCUGUUCUGUCACUCUGGCACUGUGGAUAUGGAGAACAGAAAUCCAGCUCCUCUUGCGAUAUGAUGGAAGGAUUAUCAUCUAAAAUUACAGCAAACAAACAAGCCAAAUCAUCUGAUUCCUUUGGGCCAGGUCUGCCAGUGGUUCAUCUACAUGUGGUGCUGGGACAAACACAAGCAAGCCUUACCUGCAUUUCCAUGUGUCUUUCCAUUGUCGUGAAAGGCAACAGACCAAGUUGGUGUCUGCAUCAGUCCUGUCACGUAGAGCAGGUCCAGGACACUUCUCUCUGUUGAUGGUGUGGGAAUCCAGCCCUGAGCAGCAAGUGGUCUGAACUUGGAUGCUACUGUAAUGUACAAAGCACAUCUAAGGGCUGGUUUGACCCUGGCUGCUGUUCUACAAUAGAAUGAAGAGGAGGAAAUCAAGCUGGAGAUAAAUAUGCUAAAAAAGUACUCCCAUCACCGGAACAUUGCUACAUAUUAUGGGGCUUUCGUAAAGAAAAGUCCUGCAGGCCAAGAUGAUCAGCUCUGGCUGGUGAUGGAGUACUGUGGUGCAGGCUCUGUCACUGACUUGGUAAAGAAGACAAAAGGGAACUGUUUCAAGGAGGACUGGAUCGCUUACAUCUGCAGAGAGGUUCUCAGGGGACUGGCACAUCUUCAUGCUCACCAUGUCAUCCAUCGAGACAUUAAAGGACAGAAUGUUCUUCUCACAGAAAAUGCAGAAGUAAAAUUGGUGGAUUUUGGUGUAAGUGCUCAGCUGGACAGGACUAUUGGGAGAAGAAACACAUUUAUUGGCACCCCGUACUGGAUGGCACCCGAGGUCAUUGCUUGCGAGGAGAACCCAGAUUCUACAUAUGAUUACAGAAGUGACCUGUGGUCUCUGGGAAUCACUGCUAUUGAAAUGGCUGAAGGAGCGCCUCCCCUGUGUGACAUGCAUCCCAUGAGAGCACUCUUCCUCAUCCCAAGGAACCCGCCCCCAAAGUUGAAAUCCAGAAAAUGGUCAAAGAAGUUCCUAAAUUUUGUUGAAAGCUGCCUUGUAAAGCAUUAUUUGCAUCGUCCAUCCACGGAGACCCUGCUGAAGCAUUCCUUCAUCCGAGACAUGCAGAACGAGCGGCAAGUGCGCAUCAUGCUGAAGGAUCACCUGGACAGGACAAGGAAGAAAAAAGGAGAAAAGGAAGAAACGGACUAUGAUUACAGCGGAAGUGAGGAGGAAGAUGAUGAGCUGAAUGAAGAUGAAGGAGAACCAAGCUCCAUAGUUAAUCUGCCAGGGGAGUCAACUCUCCGCCGUGAAUUUCUGAGGCUGCAGCAGGAGAACAAAAACCGUUCUGACCCUCACCGGCAGCAGCAGCAGCUGAAGGACCAGGAGAAGUACAAGAAACAGCUGCUGGCAGAGCGGCAGAAGCGCAUCGAGCAGCAGAAAGAGCAGAGGAGGAGGCUGGAGGAUCACCAGAGGCGAGAGCAGGAGCUACGAAGGCAACAGGAGUGUGAGCAGAGAUGGCCAGAGGUGAAGAAGAUGGAAGAUGUGCAGCACAACAGGAAGAUGCACCGAACCCUCCCCAAAGAUCAGACACAGCUGCUGUCUCUCCAGCAUGACCACAAGCAGAAGAAGAAGGAGCCUUCCAAGAGUUCAAAUGCAGGGGUGCAUCCUCCAUCAAGCAGCACGAGCAAAGAGGCCGAGGACCGAGCAAAGAAGAGUGACAGCAUCCAGCCCUCCCUGCAGUGGCCAGCAGCGCUGGGACACGAGGCCACCCCACAGCCCAGAAUGGGAUCCGGGAGCAGCUCCAGCCCCUGCACCCCCGCGCCACAGAGAGCCCUGGUAGUGCAGUGUGACAAUUUCCGGGCUAGUAAGGACGUGUACCACAGCAGCUCCCUGUCAGACAUGGUGACAACACCACUCAGCCCUGGGCAGGACGACGUGUUCUGGAGCGCGAGCCACAGCAAAGAGCAGCCCCCAAAGGUUCCAGAAAGGACAACCUCAAAAUUUUACAGCAGGGAUCAACCUAGCCAUCAGAGAUGCUUUUCAAGUAAUACUCAUCAGUCAUGCCCCGGGGGACAUGCUCUGAAGCUGAACAGUAGCAGCAGCACUCCUGACACCAAGCAGUGGGAGAUGGGAUCUCAGAGCAGCUGGUCAACCUCAGGGAACCCAGGACUGGCCAAGACACAGAAUGUUUUGUCCCAGAACCAAGUGCAGUUGCAUCAGAAGGCUGAAAAAGUUUCUCAUCCAGGCCAGAUUGCAAGUCCAGGCUCCUUUGCCAAGGUGAAGGACAGUGCCAGCUCCUUGUUAAAAGCAGCAGACUAUUCCUCCUCAAGUGAUGAAGUCAGCAGCAGCAGCAGCAGCAGCGAUGAAGAUGACACAAACCGCACAAGGCAACUGCUAAGCAGCAGAAUUGCAGAUUUCACAAGGACAAGCAUACCAGAUGGAAUUGAACUGAAACCCCAAAGCACCGUGGCAGAACAGAAGGAUCAGAUUUUAGGGAAACAAUUUCCAAACACCCAAGAAGGCCUUUGGAGUAUAAACAGCCAGAACUAUCUCCUGCCAGAUCUCCUCCAGCAAAGCCAAAUUACAGACUCCUCUGUGAACCCACCACAAGUGCCACUGACUUGCCAGGAACCUCAGAACAAACCUCUGACUAAGAGCCCAUGUGGUGAAAGCCCACCUGCCAAGAGCAGCACAUCCUCCACAACAUCAUUCACAUCAUUCAUAGAUCCGAGACUUCUGCCAAUCACCCCUCCCACCAGUCCAGUAGGACCCUCCUGUAGUUCUCCAUCUAGUGCCAAACCUGAGCCUGUCAGGAGGGAAAAUGCAAGGAAAGGCUCCGUUGUCAAUGUCAAUCCAACCAAUAUCCGCCCACAGAGUGACAGCCCAGAAAUCCGUAAAUACAAGAAGAAAUUCAACUCCGAGGUCCUGUGUGCUGCUCUGUGGGGGGUAAAUUUAUUGGUGGGAACAGAGAAUGGAUUGUGGCUGCUGGACAGAAGUGGGCAAGGAAGAGUUUAUACACUGAUUACAAGGAGACGGUUCCAGCAAAUGGAUGUUCUGGAAGGACUCAAUGUGCUAAUUACUAUAUCAGGGAAGAAGAAUAAGUUGAGGGUGUAUUACUUGUCAUGGUUGAGAAAUAAAAUUUUGCGCAAUGAUCCAGAGGUGGAGAAGAGGCAAGGCUGGUUGUCUGUGGGUGACCUGGAAGGCUGUGUGCACUACAAAGUCGUAAAAUAUGAGAGAAUCAAAUUCCUUGUAAUCGCUUUGAAGAACUCAGUGGAGGUUUAUGCUUGGGCUCCAAAGCCUUAUCACAAAUUCAUGGCUUUUAAGUCCUUUACCUCACUUCAUCACAAACCACUGUCAGUUGAUCUGACUGUUGAAAAUGGGCAGAGACUAAAGGUCAUAUAUGGCUCAGUAGUGGGAUUUCAUGCCAUUGAUGUGGACUCUGGAUCUGUGUAUGACUUGUACCUUCCAACACACAUCCAGGGGACAAUUCGCCCACAUGCCAUUAUCAUCCUCCCGAACACCAGCGGCAUGGAGCUCCUGCUUACCUAUGAAGAUGAAGGCAUCUACAUUGAUAUAUACGGGCAUUUCACAAAGGAGACUGUUCUACAGUGGGGAGAAAUGCCAGCAUCUGUAGCUUACCUUCAGUCCAAUCAGGUCAUGGGCUGGGGAGAAAAAGCGAUUGAACUACGCUCUGUGGAAACAGGAAAUCUGGAAGGAGUAUUUAUGCACAAGAAAGCACAGAAGCUAAAAUUUCUAUGUGAAAGAAAUGACAAGGUGUUCUUUGCAUCUGUACAGUCAGGAGGCAGCAGUCAAAUAUACUUUAUGACUCUUGGUCAAAAUGUACUAUUCAACUGGUAAAGCACAUCAAAAUGAAGAAAAUGAAAAAUUCCCUGUGGGUAGCAGUGUAAAAUUCUCAGCGGUAAUACACACAAAUCUGCACUUGUUACCUACAAAAAUGUUGUCAUUAUUGACUUAUCAAAAUUUGUAUUCUUUCAGCUUGGAAAGAAUUGCAUUUUCCUGUUGAAGUAUUGCAAACAGGUUUCAUUUGUCUUUCAAAGUAUGUUGCAAACAAAAAUUGCAUUAGGAGACUUUAGUGAAGAAUGUAGCCAAUAUAAGAAGCUCCUGUACUCUGAAAAACGGACCGUUUCACUUUCACAGGUGAUGUAAUGUUCACGUCUUGAACUGAAGUCACUUUUUAUGGACAGCUAUAGGUGGAUACAAAACCACAGUUGGAAUCUAUUUUGAAUUGAGUUUAGGCUCAUUUUUCAGUUUAAGUAAACUGUUACUGUGUCACCAAGAUGAACUUGAAUGACUUGUCCAAGCCUUACAACAGUGAAAGAGUAACAGUUUGUGGUGACUCCCAGCACAGACCAGAAGGCUUGAGGGAUCCUCCCUCCUUGAACCUUGAGGGAUCAUCCCCUGUGCUUAGUGGACAGGUGUGUUUCAGUACAGAGUUGUAAAAAUAGUUAAUUCUGAACAUGUGCCACAUCUGGGGGAUUUUUACAAGUGCAGUGGGGGACAGAUUUUGUGUUUCUCUCAGGGCUGAAUUCCUGAGCCCAUAGACACAGUUACUGUAGGAUGUAUUGUAAAAACAGUUUAAAUAGUCUGUCAAAAUUAUAGAUGCAUAAAGCAUUAUGCAACAGAACCUGUAACUUUUAUUCACACUUGGGUCCCACAUUCAUAUGAAUUGAUUUAAAGGCACUACCCAUGUAUAUAUGUAAGGGCACAAGAGCAGGCACUUUCUUUUCUUCCUUCUUUCUUUUCACAUCAAGUCUUUAUGUGAUGUAUGUAAAUAUAAUCUUGCCGCAAUGGAUGUUAAGAUUAACAAAUGUAUUCCUAAUAUAGUUAUGAAAAUAUCCAAAGAGUUAAUCUAUUACAAAUAGAAAAUAUAAACAAUUCCAAGUGCUUUCUAUGCUAAUUACAUCUAAAUAAAGCCGCAUCUUCUAGUGUUAUUGGUGUCAGUUUUUCUGCAUAAUUUCUGUUCUCAGGGGCUUAUAAGUUGGCCAUAAAACUAUAGAGAUAUAAUAUAUAUAUGUAUACACACAUAUACUAUAUAUAAUCAUGUACUAUGAAUCAGUUGUAGGGUUUAAUGUAAUCCUCAUGUAGCUGAUUUUUGGAUGUGCUUUGAAAAUGUAAAGCAUCAAAUGUAAUACAAAAGAGCUCAUUCCAGAUAUGAUACAGUAGGGAUAAUGCUGUAGGCAAAAGUGAAAUCACUAGUUCCAGGGCUUGAAAAUAGGUAUUUUUUACUUGAAAUAUUUGAUACUAAAAGGUGCAGGGAAGGUGUGUUGGAAUAUCUGAUCAUCUACCUCAAGGAUGAUGAUUCUGUGUUGACUAAGAGGGCAGAAAUAGAGUUGUUGGAACUGGUAGCUGUGCUGUCCAGUACAUCAGCUUGGGUGCUGGCAGUGAUGCUGUGACUGACAGGUGCUCAGAACUGUCCCUGUGUAUGUCAGCAGGGAAUCAAAAUAGGGGAUAAUCACCCUUCCCUCUGUUCCUUGUGCUGGCACCUCACUGCUUCAGGCUGGUCAGAGGUGCCUGCACUGUUGCUGUUAUGUUUUUGGCCAUAUGGAGAAUUGCACUUUCCAAAGUUAAAGGACUAGCAUUUUUCACAGUCAGUAGCUUAUCUCAAAAUGUAUAAUGUUUUUUAAUGAAGUAUCUUCCUUUUAAAUGUUUAACUAACAGAAAAAUAAGCCUAAAGCCAUACUAAAAAAUACAGUUAAAUACUCAAAGUGGUUCUUAGUGUAUGUGAGUAAUUAGCUUGUGUGCAGACUUGAAACCUGAAAGGAAACUGCUUGAGGAGAGCUGUGUGACAACAGGAGCUCUGUCCGGUUGUAGUAAUGUUCCUACUUGUUGCCAGGGCCAGGGCUGGGGCAAAUGAGCAAAGCCUGGCUUCGCUCUUCCUGCUGCUGGGCACUUGGACUUGUUGCAUUCGACUCAUACAACAAACAAACAACAGGGGAAAACCAACCAACCACCCCCCCACUCACCCCCUCAAAAAAAACCCAAAACCAAACAAGCCUAAAUCUAUAACAGAACCAGAGAUCAAAGUUACAUUUACUGGCAAAAAGUAAGUUGCAGACAAUCACCUUAUCAGAAACUUACCUGCUUUUGACUUAAAAGUCUAAGAGACUGUGAAGGAAGAAGAGCAUUCAUUUUGCACAAAGUAGGCAUUGCAAAACUUGCAAAGCUGCUCAUGCUACAAGUAAUCAGUGAUCCAGGCUGCCCUGUAAUAUUUUUAAAGUGUGCAUAUCUCAGCAGCCUAUGCAUUACAGAGGAUGCAUUUGAAUUUUUCCCUCCCCUGUUCUAGUGUCAACAGGUAGGAGGCAGAUACUUUUCUGAUGCUAGAGACUAGUUAAAAAGAAUUUAGCAAAUGACAGUGGGAAUUUAUAACAACAACCCAUAUUAACAGAUGAAAGAAGCAAAUGUGAUCAAACUUGUUUAAGUUUACUGUAGCAUAAAGUUGUGACAAUAAGUUGACACACUGUGAAGAAGUUUAACUCCAUGCUAAAAGGGAGAAAACCCAAGCAACCCCAAGUUCAAGAGAGGGAAUAUGCACUAUUAUAUGGGGAUUGUAAUUGUUCAUUCUAUUUCCCUCUAUUAGCUCUUGUGAGUUGGAUUUUCAUCUUCUAUUUACCAUAAAAAAUUAAAAACUUUCCUUGAGUAAUUAUAGAAAGCACCUAGAGGUGAAUGCUUUUGAAGGAUUUAGAAGUAGUAAUGCAAAUAGCAGUAACAACUGGAUGCAACAAAGCGAAACCUGUGGCAUUAUCUAUCAAGAGAUAGUCAGAAUGGUUGAAGAUGAGAAAGCCCAGAGAUGUUGAGAAGAGUAACAAAAGAAAGGGGGAAGUGACUGAAGAGGAGGAAAAAGCUGAAGAAAAUAAACAGGAGUAGCCAAAGGGGAGUGAGUGGAUGUCUGACACAACAUAUUGCUGUAGGAGGAAUACAAAAAGGUUAAAAGAUGUUAAGGAAAAGAAAGCAGCCAAAGAAAUGGAAAGGUAUCUGAAGUGACUGGGGAGCACUGAAUGAGGGAGUGUUUUGAAUAACUGUUCAGCUCAGAGCAAAAGUACAAAAGCCAGAAGAAAAAAAUCCAGUAACUAAGGUUACCUAGACAUAAUUUUAACUAUGCAAAAUGUGUAUCAGAUUUGUAAUUUCAUUUUGUAAGGUUUUUCACUAGCUAUACCCCUUCACUAACUUUUAAAACCAAGGAGUGAACUGCUUAAUGUGUUUUUCUAGUGAUGUCACUUUGACAUGAAAAAAUACAGGGGCAGAAUGUUAAGGAUCCAUGCCAUUAACCCUUUGGUACAUGCAGUCUCCUGAUGGCAGGUGAUGCUCAUAAUGUUGCAUUUGCUAGACAAGAUUGUGCUAAUGCUGCAGCACUGUAGAACUGUGUGUAUGUGCCUGCUUUCAUUUUAGGCAUGGUGAACUCUCUUUUGCAGCCUGAACCUUGGCACAUGACUUUAAAACCUGGGAACCAUGCAAGUUAUGUACUGUACACUAUGUAUUGUUCUCUAAUGUUGAAACUGUACAAAUGGCAGUAAUAAAAAUACUCCAAAAACCAAAA